AUGUCUUCGUAUCUCAUAGAGCCUCAUUUUAGUAAGCAUACAGAAGGAAAGAAGACCAAGCUUGCUGCCAUUAUCAUACCAACCUUAGUUGUGAUAGCUCUGCUGUCAGCUGCGUUGGUUGUUUUCAUUGUGAGACAUCAAAGAUUACAGCGAAGUUUCACACAGUUUGCCAAUAGUCAUUAUGAUAGUAGAUCUGGAACAACAACAUUCUCUGGUGUGGAUGGCGAUAAUGCUCUUGGUGAGGAAGAAGAUUCCCCAAUGAUACGCGGAUUCUCUGAUGAUGAACCAUUGGUGGUUGCCUAGGAAACUAUUUACAAUUCUUUUUACGAUUCGUAUCUAGGCACGUACAAGUAUGAGUAACUUGAACCAAAUAUCUCAGACCAAUUUAUUUACAUACAUUGCUAGCUGGAUUUAACUGAUUUAAAACAGGCUUCACCAGUUGUAACUAGUCUUCACCAAAUGUGACAAGUAUUCCAAAUAGAUAAAUAGUAUUUACCAGCCAUGCAUAUUCAGUAUUCAUGUAACAUAACUGGUAUUUACCAAACAUUACUUGUAUCAUCUAACAUAACUGGUCUUUACCAAAGAUAACUAGUAGUCGUCAAAAAUAACUAGAAUUCACCAGAUACCAGUAAUGUACUAUGAUGUAUGCAAGUCUUGAUGAAUAGACUUGACUUGUAAACACAAGCACAAAACAUUAACAAAAACCAUUUUUCAAGCUGUUUGAAGUGUUUAUUCAUAGUAACCCAUUUUUUCCAGUCCAGCUUAGGAAUACAAAAUAACUAUUAUAAACUAGUGAUGGUCCUUUGAUCUUGAGUAAUCAGAAAAAAUGAUUACUCUCUGUUGUCAUGACAUAUUUUUAUAAACCAAAACUUCACUAGGAUGCUGACAAGUGUCUCGUAUAAUUGUGUUAAUACUGGCGAUGAUAUAAAAAAAGGUAUAAGGGAAACAAAAAAUACAAAUUGAUGUAAAAGAAAGUAACAGUUUUUGGUAUUCAGUUUUUCUCUUGACCAUCUUUACUAGAUGUGUUUUGAAUUUCAUUUUUAUCAAAAAAGAAUUAUUCAAUUAAUUUCUCUCAAAAUAUGACAAGUUAACCCAUUGAAAGUAACCUGCAACCCCUGCAUUUUUGUGAAUAAACCACAGGGCAGUGGCCUUUAGAAUAAACCAUUUUGAAUCUGAUGUACAUAUAGGGGUUGUAGGUUGGUUCUGAUGGGAUUGGUUGCUAAUACUGUAUAUUGUUUAUAAAGGCAACCUUGACUAUGUCAAUUGCAGUAUGUUUAUUUGGACGGAACCAUUUUGUUCCAGGGGUGUACUGUUUAUCAUUUUGGGUCAGCUGAUUUGCACUGAGCCAAUCAUAAUGUAGAUAGAUGGGUGAUUCUAUUUGAGAGGUAAAGUAGGUAUAUUUUGGAUAAAAGUCUAUAUGGGUGGGGAAGAAUGUUCAUUUUUAUUUGCUUUAUUUUUACAUUAUAUGUAUGUAUAUAUACACAGAUUUGCUGAAGCUCUUGUGUGUAGCCUCUUUUUACCAGAUUGCUUAAGAUUGAGAUGAUUAGAAUCAACUCUUGGAAAAUGUGCAAUGUUGAACUAUUGUUUGAAAGUUUAUAUUUUGCUAAUGCUGUCUGACCUCUGACCUCUGAUCCGAGUUCUUACACUAUACAAACUGAUUAGAUGUAGAUGAUAAUUUGGAUUUCUGUUUCAUUAAUUAAGGGUUAAUCUUAUUAAAGUUUCUAAAUACUGGUAGCUGUCCACUUGCCUUGCCUUGCCUUGCCAUUGAAGACUGCCCUUUUGCUAUCUCCAUAUGCCUGUCUUAGUCGCAUGCUAUGCAUAAUGGCCGCUGGAAAUGUGUCUUAAAACAAAUUGCAUGUUUUGUGCCAGUAUCACACAUUCCUGGCAUUUCUUUGGCCCAGUCCGCGUUUUUUAUUUAUUUUUAUCCCACAACCCAGAUUACACGAUAAAAAACUAAUCUCUUUGGAUUUAAAACGUUUCUGCACUACUGGUUUUUUAAGUAUAUUCAGAAAAUAUUAGAUUAAUGUGAAAAUAGGCGCCUCCUAUGAUAAAGAGUAGACAUAAUUGAAAGCGGGAGGGUCGUCACCUGCGCACGUGUGGGAAUUGAGUCCCAAGCGAUGAUAACAACAACAAAACUAGAGUCUGAUGAUUAGUUUUGAUAACACUUGACUCACUUAACAGGAAUACCAUAUGUGUGUGACAGAGACGCACCAGAUAAUAAGCAUUGCUUGUUUUGAUAAAUUCUUACAAGACGAAGACAAAUUCUGAAAAAUAAAAAGCCCAGACUGGAAGCGCUGAAAUUACUGAAUCAUGUACACAUUCUUUCCAUAUAUGGUGUUGGCAUAGAUUAGCAUACAUUUGGACAGUGGCAAGAUCUAGUCAAUAUUUAGUACUGACUUCAUUGUUGGUUGAAGUGUCUGCUUUUCUGCUUGCCUGCUGAAAUAGACUUAGAGGCUGUAUUACUUUUUCUGUAUUUUUGAACUAUUUGCAAAACUUUAAUUUUCUAUGUUACCAGUAAUUUUUAAGAUUUCUAACAUUUAUUGAUCCCAUCAUAUUUUAUGCUGUCAUCAGUCAUAACAAAUUUUAUAAUUAUUAAUACCAAUUGUAUAUCGCAGAAUACACAACAUACACGGUUGACUAUGCAGUCUGGGGUUCA